UAACCGUUUCCCUUCCUUUAUCCAAAAUCUUCUUUACUUAUGAAAGACUUAAAAAGACUUGAAAGAGCACAACUACUCAUCUUUGCUUUUAGUUAUGGCUUCUUCAUCUACUCCUACUUCCACAAAUCCUAUUCAGCAAAAGUAUGAUGUUUUCGUUAGUUUCAGAGGGAGUGACACUCGUGACAACAUUACCAGUCAUGUAUAUGCUGCUUUGUGUCGUGCAAAAAUUAAAACUUUCAUCGAUAAUGAUCUCAAGAGAGGAUAUGAUGUUUCAGAUGCUCUUCUCAAGACGAUUGCAGAAUCAAAAAUCUCACUUGUCAUUUUCUCUGAGAACUACGCUUCUUCCAAAUGGUGCUUAGAUGAACUCUUGAGAAUCAUGGAGUGUAACAAAGAAAAUGGACAAAUUGUUAUACCAGUCUUCUACAAAGUGGAUCCAUCACAUGUAAGAAACCAAUCAGACUCUUUUGGACAAGCUUUAGCUUGGUAUGAAGGUCAUCCAAAGAUACAUACAUGGAGGGAUGCUUUGACAAAAGCUGCUAAUUUAUCUGGAUGGGAUUCUCAUGUCACAAGGCAUGAGGCUACACUUAUUAAAAGUAUUGUAACAGAUAUUUUGGGCAAGCUUAAUUACACUUCCUCAAGCAAUUUUGGUAAUCUUGUUGGAAUGAGCUCUCACUUUGAGCAAAUUGAGUCACUACUGAGCAUGAUUAAUAAAGAUGUUCGCAUCAUUGGACUUUGGGGAAUGGGAGGUAUAGGUAAGACAACACUUGCUAGAGCUUUCUUUAACUACAAUUUUUCAAAAUUUGAAAGGCAUUGUAUUAUUGAAUAUGUAAGAGAAACAUGUGAGAAGCGUGGGCUAAGUGAAUUACGAGAAAAACUUGUGAUUGGAUUACUGAAGGAUGGGAACUUAAAUGUAGGCACUCCUAAUCUAGGAAUUCCUUUUAUAAGGGAUAGGCUUUGUCGUAUGAAGGUACUUAUUGUUUUGGAUGAUGUUAGUGAUUUUCAGCAGAUUGAACUCUUAGUUGGCUGGCAUGAUUGCCUUGGUCCAGGAAGUAUUGUCAUUAUAACAAGUAGGGACAAACAAGUGUUUAAGAAUGGAGUUGAUAGGAUCUAUGACGUUCCAGAGUUAGAUUACAAUGAAAGUCUAUGUCUUUUUAGCCAAUACGCUUUCAAACAAGAGCUUCCACCAGAAGAUCAUCACAUGAGAUUGUCAAACAGGGCAAUAAAUUAUGCAAAAGGUCAUCCUUUAGCUCUUAAAAUCUUAGGUUCCCAUCUAUGUGGAAGGAGCAAGCAAGAACAGGAAAGUGCAUUGAUGAAAUUAGAGAGAAACCCAAACAUAGCUGUGCAGCAAGUGUUGCUUAUCAGUUAUGCUGGAUUGGACCACCAGGAAAAAGAUUUGUUUCUUAAUAUUGCAUGUCUCUUUCGAGGAGGGAGUGUUAAUGAAGUCAAAUGGUUCCAUGAUGCUUGCAAUUAUUCUACGGAUAUCGAACUUGCUGUGCUUAUUGACAAAUCUCUUAUAACUAUUCGAACGGGUCGAAUAUGGAUGCAUGACCUACUACAAGAAAUGGGUCGACAAAUUGUCCGUGAAGAAUCAAAAGAGCCAGGAAAACGCAGUAGGCUGUGGGAUCAUCAUGACAUCUGUGAUGUAUUGACAAUGAACACAGGGACUCUGGCAGUCAAAGGAAUAUUGUUGGACAUGUGUAAGCUAAAAGACUUGAGCAUAAAUCCAGUAGCACUUCAGAGGAUGCACAAUCUUGAGUUCUUCAAAAUCAGAAUCCAUUUGUCCGCUGUGCGCCUUCUUCAAGGCCUUAAAUCUCUUCCUAACAAGUUAAGAUAUUUGUAUUGGGACAGAUACCCUUUGACAUAUUUGCCAAUAAAUUUUUAUCCGGAAAAUCUAGUUAGUCUCAAAAUGCCUAACAGCUGUGUUAAACGAUUGUGGAACGGAAGACAGAACCUUGUGCACUUGAAGGAGAUGGAUCUCUCUUUCUCGAAAAACUUGAUUGACAUUCCAGACCUCUCACUGGCUACAAAUCUACAAAAACUGCUUCUUUAUGGAUGUUUUCUUAUCAAGAAAUUUCCAAAGGUAUCAUUGAAAAUCCAAUGUUUAGGUUUAGGAGGGACUGCAAUCGAAGAAGUUCCAUCAACAAUCUGCAAUCUGAAAUCCCUAAUCUUGUUGGAACUUGGUGGGAGCACGAGGCUUAAGAAUCUCACCAGCAUUUAUAAACUGAAACCACUCUGGCAUUUUGGUCUGUGUUGUCCAUCGAAGAAAAGGGAGCAUCAACAAGAAGUUAAUAUACAUCUGAGGGAGUUAACUGACCAUCUUGUUUGGUUAUCUUCGUUGCAAAGCUUAAAUCUCUCUAGAAACAAUUUUCAGAAAAUACCUUUUGCCAUUAAACAACUUACGAAUCUCAUAUUUCUUAACCUGAAUGACUGCAAGAGGCUUCAAUCACUACCUCAGCUUCCAAUGAAUGUCCGAUGUAUGUAUGCAGCGAAUUGCAUAUCACUAGAAAUGGUGGCAAGUCCUUUAUCCACAACAGCCAGAGGAGUAUUUGACGAUCACCAAGAUUAUAUUUGGUUUGAUUUUGCAAAUUGCUGUAAAUUGGACAAAAAUGCAAUAAACAGCACAGCAGCAGAUGUAGAAUCGAGGCUGCGGCAUUGGGAAGUCACUUAUCCUGAAACUUUAUUAUCCAAGAAUACUGGAGCAGCCUGUAUGGUGUUUUCAGGAGGUGAUGUUCCAGAUUGGUUCGACUAUAAAAGCAGCGGAUCCUCACUAACUGCAAAGCUUUCUCCACAUUGGUGUAAUGAUGAGUUAUUCUGCCUGAUUUUUUGUGUUGUUAUUGAGUUCAAGCAGUUCCCUAGUUACUGCAAAGACAAUGAUUUUUACUAUAAUUGCCGUAUAAGAAACAAGGUAGGUGACAGCUUCAGUGCCAAUGGUGAUUUUGGGUUUACUUGGAGAUUUGAAAAUGCUAUUCAGUCAAGUCAAGUCUUUUUAGUUUAUGAUCAAUCAUUGGUAAAUAAUUGGAGGAUAACUGGAGAAGCAUAUGAUGGGGAUGAGAUCUCAAUUGAAUUCUGCGUUGGAGAAGAUUCUAUAAACUGUUGUACGGUCAAAAAGUGUGGCGUCCAUUUGGUGUACACUCAAGAAAUAGAAGAUAGAUAUUGUGGUUCAGUGAUCCAACCGAACUCUCUUUGUGGUGAUCUGACCCAGUUCUCCUUGAAGCAAUAUUAUGUGGAUGACGUCAAAGAAUUAGUGAUACAAGAUGCUAAAGAUAAUGUGAGCAAUCCUGUGGAAGAUUCAGCUUCAGUGAGAAGAAAGGAAAUGGAAACUGUUCCACUCAUGUUUAGAAAUCGUACAACUUCUUUUGUUUCAACAGGAAUAACUCUAAAAGAUUGUUCUUUUACUAGAAGCUCAGCAAAGCAAAGGGCGUCGCCAUGACCAUCGCUUGUGUAGAUAUUUUUAUUAUGUUUUUUUUUUUUGAGGUGAAAAUUUUUUAUCCGGGCCUUCUUUAAAUUUUUUUCGCUAUAAAGUUCGACACUUUGGAACACUGAGAUAUCACCCUACUUAGACUGUUCAUUUUCCAAAAGGACCAAAACUCUGGCCUCUGGGUACAUGUUAUAUGGAGAAGCUGGGUUGUGUACGUUAGUCUUAGCAUUACUGAAAACUUGAUGGGUUGCACAAGCUGGUCGCAAGAUUUGGAAAGUGGAAACUGCAAUCAACUUAAGUGUUGGUUUGAGAAAUUCUCAUGUAGUCUGAUUUGAUAAGGCACGAAGAAGAUUUGCAUGACAACAAUGAAUUCAGAGUCUAAAGAGGUAUAUUACUUUUGUGAAGGUUUGGACUUGGUUUUCUGGAAAUUUAUUUCACUUGAUGUUGGAUUCAAUUCCUUUUCGUUACUGAACGGGCCGUAAAGAGAACAUUUUGAUGCAAAGCCAACGGUUUGCAAAUAAUGAUUAAGCUAGAAAAGGAUCCACAUGCUGGAUUGCAUUAAUUAUUGAUGGCAAAACUCUAAAAUAUGCUAUGGAGGAUGAUGUGAAGCAUCAAGUGUUUGGGAUUAUUGUGGGGUAUUGAUAAAUUAUUAGAGUUUUGUUUGGUUCUCAAGAUGGCAUUUUUUCACCAUUAUUUUCUCGAGGUUUAUAAGCAUAAAUACUUAAAGGCUACCAGGUUGAGGCUUUCUGUGCAUCACAUAUAUACGUUUGUGAUUAUAUUCUCUCCGGAAAACUACAUUUAUUAAGAUGCAAAACUGCUUAUUAACACAUGUA